UCCAUCCCUCCGCCCUCCUAGCACAGUCGUAGGCCUAGGGGUCGGGCCUGCAACAAGUUAUCAUCACAGACAUGGGCCAAGGACCCAGAGGCCGUCCGGGGUCUGUGAGUUGAGCUUGAGGCCGCAGGAUGAGGGUCAUCAUGGGGAUAGCCAGCCUGGGGUCCCUCUGGGCAGUAUUCCUGCUUUCUCUUGUGUUUGGGGUCCCCACAGAGGAGCCUACCUUUGGAGAAUCUGUGGCCUCCCAUCUCCCCAAAGGCUGUCGACGAUGCUGUGACCCUGAGGACCUGAUGUCCUCUGAUGAUACGGUCCAGGCCCCUGUUUCCCCUUAUGUCCUGCCUGAGGUCAGGCCGUACAUCAACAUUACUAUCCUAAAGGGUGACAAAGGGGACAGAGGUCCUACAGGAACACCAGGGAAGCCAGGCAAGAAUGGUACCCGAGGGGACCGUGGCUCUCAGGGUGUCAAAGGUGACAAGGGGCAGGCAGGUAGCCCUGGCAGCUCGUGCCAGACGCAUUACUCAGCCUUCUCUGUGGGCCGCAAGACUGGCUUGCACAGCAGCGAGAACUUCCUCUCACUGCUGUUCGACAGGGUCUUUGUGAACACGGAUGGCCACUUCGACAUGGCCACUGGCCGCUUUGUGGCUCCCCUGCGCGGCCUCUACUUCUUCAGCCUCAACGUGCACAGCUGGAACUACAAGGAGACCUACGUGCACAUCGUGCACAACGAGCAGGCGGUGGUGAUCCUGUACGCACAGCCCAGCGAACGCAGCAUCAUGCAGAGCCAGAGUGUGAUGCUGCCACUGGUGCCGGGUGACCGCGUGUGGGUGCGGCUCUUCAAGAGGGAGCGGGAGAACGGCAUCUACAGUGAUGACGUGGACACGUACAUCACCUUCAGUGGCCACCUGAUCAAGGCAGAGGACAACUGAGCUCCGCCCCCCCUUCCACACUCCCCCCACCCCAGUCCCUCGGCCACUUUCACAGCUGGGCAGCUGGUGGCUAGGGCAGGUCCCGUAAAACCCAGGGCUGCGUCUGCUGCUCUCCAUUCCUUGUCUCCAGUUACUGCAGUCUGUCUCCAUCCCUCUCCUCUUAGCUUCGUUUUUCUGGUACUUUGGGGUUUACAUAUUUCAGACUUUGCCAGCCUCUAGAGUGGCUAUCCUGACACUCCACCACUCUAUUCAUCCCCGGGAUCUUUAUUAUCUGGUAGAUUCUGGCUUCGCAUUUGGGGUAGACCCAGGAUUCUUCAUUUCUAGUGAUUUCCUCCGUGACAUUGAUGCUACGGGUCUGUGGAUCACACUUGAGGAGUUGUGCUCUCUCUAAAGUGUUCCCAGCAUUCUAGGGACUUCAAGAACACUCUGGAAUUGCUCCCCUACCCCCCAAACUCUAGGAUUCUUUCCAUAUCCUCUGGCUUCCUCCUCCUCCUGGCCCUCCCUCAUGUCUGACCUUUCCCCUCCUCCCCUUUUCCAGCCAUUGUCCAUUUGUGCACUCAUCUGAUGCUGAAUGCUCACGUGGUCUCAGGCCUUAGGAAAGCCCAGAAGUGGGUACUAAGACUUGAGCACAUACUGAGUGCUCCUCUAGACUGGGUCCACGGGCACUGUGGUUCCUUCUCCACUGCUCCCAUGGUGUGACAGGUCCCGGAGAUGGGAGGAUAACCUUUCCCAUGCUCCAUGUUCUUGCCCUGUGCCCAGCAAUAAAGCAAAUAUAGGUGUAGUCUUAGCUGGGAGGAGACCCAGGAGUUUAGAUGUAUCUGGGAUGAAGGGGCAUCUGGGAACUGGAGCCUGUUCUCUUCCCUGACGUUAGAAGACUCCUCCUUCCCCCCUUCUCUCCCCCAGACAUUAGCCAUGGUCAGACCAUGCACUAGUGCUCUCUGGCCCUCCUGGCUCCUCCAAGACCCAGGCUCAUCCUGGGUUUAUGAAGGUGCUUAAGCCCCUGUCCCCCUGGAGGUGGCUCCCCUUUUCAGAGCUUCUCCUGCCUGUAUUGCCCUUGCAGACAUCGUGGGCAAGUCAGGCAGGAUGGAGGUGGCAGGUUUCAGCCCAAAGCAGGUCUAGGGACUGAAGCCAGUGACAUUCAGGUUACCUGGGGGCCUUCUCUGAGCCAUGCUGCCAAGACAGGCCCUGGGGGAGGUUGUAAAAAAGCAAGACCUCCAGGUCUUUCCCAGGGUGUAUAGCCUGGUGGCCUUCCAACCUUCCCCUCCCCCACUGUAGCCUGCCCAAGCUUCUCAGGGGAAGGUGGCCUCCGUCCAUUGGUGCUUCUGCAGAUCCAAGGCAGGGCUGGCCCUGAGAGGGCAUCUCUGGUGCUUACAACCAAGUGAGCCAUGGCAGGGUAACAGAGGCAAGGCCUGCCAUGUGCUGUGAGGGCUGGCUCUACAAAGCCACCCUCAGCCCGACUGUCCUUGCCUGCUUGGCCAGUGUGAAUAAAGAUAUUGAAUUCUCUUGGCAA